GAGUCGUCUCAGGGCUGGUCUCCGCCUCUGUCCGAAACCAUGAAGCCCGUGAUUGCAAUCCCCGCCAUCGCCGCCCUCCUCUAUCGCGCCUGGUCGCGCCGGUCCCUGACGCCCCUCGGCCUUGUCGUGGCGGGUCUGACGGCCAGCGCCCACGCGGUGCACCCUUGGUCGGCCCCCUUUGCCCUGCUGGGUGUCUUUUAUCUGGGUGGCUCGCGAGUGACUCGUGUCAAGGAAGGGGUCAAGGCUCGCUUGACUCUCUCUGCAACCGGGGCGGAGGGAGGAGAGGGGCCACGCACGCAUAUCCAGGUGCUGGCAAACUCGAUCGUUGCGACGGGCCUCAUUCUGCUGCAUGCCCGGCUGUUCUUUUUAUACGGCUCAUCCAGUGAUCUUGCUCUGGAUUUCUUUUCGUUUCAGGGACCUCAUACGGCGGGAGACCUGUUGACGGUGGGGAUAGUAGCGAACUAUGCCGCCGUUGCUGCCGAUACCUUCUCCUCCGAACUCGGUAUCCUAUCGAAAUCGAGCCCUCGUCUCAUCACUUCGCCAACCCUUCGGGUCGUCCCCCCUGGCACCAACGGCGGCGUCACCUUGACCGGUUUGUUGGCCGGCGCGCUUGGUGCGGCUCUCAUCGGCCUCACCUCCGCGAUCCUUAUACCUUUUUCUCCCGAAAGUAGCAGCCUGGUCACUCGAGCUCAGUUCACCCUCUUCGUGACCAUCUGGGGCACUCUGGGUAGUCUCCUUGACAGUGUGCUCGGUGGGUUACUGCAGGCUAGUGUGGUAGAUAAGCGGUCGGGCAAGAUUGUUGAGGGCAGUGGUGGGAAGAAGGUCCUCAUCCACCCGUCCUCCACCAAGGCUGCCGGCACGGCAGAUGUAACCAGCACCGCUACCGCUACUCAGCUCCGCGCUACUGAAGCGAUCGCCAACACGGCUGCCCUGAAGGGAUCUCGCAUCACAGGAACCUCUGCCGCAGGGCAGCCGGCCCGGCCGCAUGAGGAGGCGCAUGAGAGCCGGCGGGUUGAGAGCGGCGCCGACUUGCUGGACAAUAAUGGCGUCAACGUCCUGAUGGCUGCGAUCAUGAGUUUUGGCGCAAUCGGCGUCACCAGUUGGCUCUGGGAGGUUCCAAUUGGUGAUAUUUUGGCUUGAUCUAUAGUUCAUGAAUAAGAAGGCCUUUGCUUCUCAGUUUUAUUCUCUACUAAUCUCUACUAUGUGUCUGGGUCAAAGCAUUACCUAAACCCGCCAUUUC